CUUUGGCCCCGAGCUGUGAGCACCUAGCUGCUUACCAUAGCGUAGAUUUCUCUGGGCCGAAGCACGAAGUUCUUCACAGCCUACACGGAUCGGAGGCGGCAAAUGAGGAGUCGCUUCUCGAUCAAGCGAGUCCGGAAGGAGCUGUCCGUGCUGUGGGUCGACCCGCCGGCCUUCUGCCGUCCCGGCGCGUCGCCGAUGACGGACCCGUACCACUUCGAGGUGAUCAUCGACGGCCCCGCCGGCAGCCCCUACGCCGGCGGCACGUUCCCCCUCGACGUUGUGCUCCCCGAGGACUACCCCUUCAAGCCCAUCAAGCUCACCUUCAAAACCAAGGUGUACCACCCGAACAUCGACACCGAGGGGGAGAUCUUCCUGGACAUCUUCAAGGACAACUGGAGCCCGGCGCUGACGAUCAGCAAGGCCCUCCUCUCCAUCGUCUCCGUCCUCUACGACCCCCUCCUCGACCUCCCCGUUCGCCGCGGCGUCGCGCUUCAGUACAGCCACGACAGGGCGACCUUCGAGACGAAGGCCAUGGACUGGACUCGAAGAUACGCCACGGUGCCCGUCGUUUCCUUCUAUCCAGCUGCGAAGGAAGGCCACUCAAGGGGACUACGAGCACGACGUGCUGGCCAGCUGCUGACUGCACUUGCGCGAUUCAGAGUGCGACCGAUUCAGGUUCACGUGGCGCCGUCGCUGGCUUGCUGAUGGUUCGAUGAGGAGUAGUUAACUCGUUAUACAGCUUCUAUAUAUUGCGUAGUACAGUGGUGGGAACGGCAUGGAGGAACAGCACACGGAGUAGAAUAAUUCAAGUUCUGUCCUCAAUAUCGAUCUGUAAUGUGUGGAAUGUUGAGAAAAGUACUAGUCAUGUUUAAUUUGGAA